UGAAAAUUUGAAUUUAAAUACUCCCUGCCCUGCCUUGUGAAUGUAUUUUAUGUCGGUUUUUCUUGUUACAAAUUCCCACUCUUUUCAGUGCAUUCGCCAAAUCGAGUCAUUGAUAGCACGAUGACUGGAGUCAAUCUGACUGCGACGACAUCGCCGGCUGCGGUGGGGUUCUUUGAAGCGGUGUCGCCGUACAUUCUGUGGAUCGAGCUCGGGUUUGCCGUGUUCCUCGUGCUCCUUCUCCAUGCGGUUUACACGCAACCAGCUUGGCUUGCUCAAGUCCUUCGGACACGGUUUCCGUUUGCGAUAUGGUGUGCGAACACCACGCUUCCCAUCGCGGCGCUUACGAUCGAUGACGCACCAAGUGAUUCGACGGAAGCGAUCCUUGACGUCCUCAAGGCGCACAAUGUCAAGGCAACGUUCUUCAUCAUUCAUGGGAAUGUUGCCGGUCGAGAACACAUUCUCAAGCGCAUCGUCGCGGAAGGGCACGUGUUGGGCAAUCACUUUGUCCGCGAUGAAGCAAGCAUCAAGGAUUCUCUACCUGUCUUCGAAAAGAAACUCCUGCAGUGCAACGAAACGCUGUUGCAAUACCAGAGCCGUGUCCGGUAUGCCCGUCCUGGCUCGGGGUGGUUCAACAAAGGCAUGGAAGGCGUCGCAGAAAAGCACGGUUAUCGCUUCGUCAUGGGCAGCGUCUAUCCUCACGACGCGCAAAUCAAGAUUGCCAAGGUCAACGAGUGGCAUUUGCGAGCGCUGACUCGGUGCGGCAGUCUCUUGAUCGUACAUGACCGACCAUGGUCUGUCGCGGUGUUGCAAGGGGCCCUUGAGCACUUGACCAAGAAGUUUAAGUUUGUGUCCUUGGAGGAACUUGAGGAAAUCGACGCCGCAAACGACGCCGACAACGUUGCUUUGGCCAAGAAAUUUGACCAUGAAGUUCCUCCAGCGGAAGCGGAACUCCAAACUCUUCUCGAAAAGUAAAUCGCAUCUUGCUUCCCUCGAGCUAUCACAAAUCCACAUACUAGUUUGCUUUCUUUGUUG